ACAGAGGUUUUGAAACAUGCGUCCUAAUCUUUAGGACUCUGGGCCCACCAGUCUGUUUUUACUUUAUGUUUCUGCUCGUCUGGCUAUGUGUCUAUUAUGUGUCUAUUUAGACAUGCAUCUUGUGGCCAAGACGAGUUUCAAAGCUGCGUUGCGGCUGAGCGUGUCUUGAACUCCUGACCUUUCACCUCGGACCUGUCAGGAUUACAGGCAGGCUCUCUCUCUACCCCUCUGCAAUUUUCACUAGUCUUUUUCCAUCGAGUAUGGCCCGGGACCAUAAUGAAUACCAUUAAGACGAAGGUCCUCCAAUGGCCCAGAGCGUCGCUUCCUUUGUUUGUUUGGGGCAGGAAGAACCUAGAGUAGAGCGUGGUGACGUCACUUCCGCGUGCUUCUUAUUGAGGAGCCGCUGUGCGCGUGAGGCAGGCGCAGGCUGAGGCUUCCGGCGGCCGGGGGGUUCUUCGAGGCUCCAGUCAGCUGCGUGGUUCUGCGCCUGUGGCUUCGGGAGCAAGGGCUGCCGUGAGUUGGUUUUCCUGAGGGAGCCCAGGAAAGCCGGGCCGGGGCGGUGGCUGCAGGUUGUAACUGGCCAGCAAAACCUGCUGGAGUCGCGUGUCUCACCGCGGCAGGGCAGCGAGGAGGAGGCCUGAGGCCUUAGCGCCUGUCGGCCGGGCAGCGAGCAGGCCUUGGUUCUUCUCGCCCCUCAGCUGGGCAGCGAGGCCUACCGUGUUUGGGACUCCUUGCUUGGGCAGCGAGGUCUUGAGUCCUUACCACUCCUUGGCUAGGCCGCGAGACCUACCACCGCCUUUGUGUCCCGUGGCCGGGCAGGAAGCUUUGGGCCUUUGGAGCCCUUGCUAGGGACGGGAGUCCUGUCACCAUUGUGCUCUUGGGUGUUAUAGGCUAGACCUUCCACUUGUGGUUUUGUGCUUUGUGCUUCUUGGCAGGGCGGCGAGGGCCUCUCGGUUUCUGAGGACCCGUGUGCUCUAAGAUGGCCGCCCCUACUAGGCCUCCCAGCCCUAUGCAGUCACUUCGGGAAGAAGCAGUCUGUGCCAUCUGUCUGGAUUACUUUAAGGAACCUGUGUCCAUUGGCUGUGGGCACAACUUCUGCCGAGGGUGUGUGACCCAGCUGUGGGGCAAGGAAGAUGAACAGGACCAGGCACAGCCUGCUGUAGGGGACCACGUCAUUAGAGAGGUUUUGUUUCAUAGGUACACAGAACAGGAGGUGUUUCAGCACCGAGCACAUGCUGGACGCUGGGUUGGUCAUAGCCGUAGAAGGCACCGGGGCAACGCAGACUCUGUGUGGGAUGAUGAGGAAGAAGACUGGAACGGUUUACAAGGAUUGGUACAUGACCUGAGAAUUAGGGUUUUUCCAGAAGAAAGAGAUGAACACCCCCACAAUGGCCACCAAUACCAUCAAUAUGGCCGCUACCGCCGCCGUCCAAUCUUUCGCCGUGGUCCUCCUCCACAUCCGUCUGUUCGUCGGCAGCUCUAUCCAGAUGUACGAGUACGUUCUCCACCUCGUCCCACACCACAAGUCUUCAGCUGCCCACAAUGCCGAAGGACUUUUCCAAGUCGCAGUUUUCGACCCAAUUUGCAGCUGGCCAACAUGGUCCAUAUAAUUCGCCAGAUUUGCCAUACUCCAUGAAAUUAGCAAAGCAUGUGCUCUAAAUAUGAGGAAGCCCCGGAGCUCCUCAGUGAGGUAGAAAAAAAAAGCCCAUCUGUAUGGCAUGUCUAGAUUCCUAGCAUCACAAAAAUAACAAUGUGGUGCCAUUGGAUGAAGUACUUAAAACAAGGAACAAACAACUGAGAAACUUGUAGUACUUUGCAGUCUCAGUGCUACCCCAGUUUUGGGGAGAGAUUAAAAAAAUUCCAAAUUUUAUCAGUGCCUGCAGCUUUAAGUGAGAAAUAAGAGUAGUUGGGUAUGUAGCUCAGUAGCAGAAUGCUUGUUUACCUAGGGUGUUUCAUCCCCCACUUUCCAGUUUAUUUUAAAUUAAUGACUAUCAACCUUCAGUUUUAGAAAAUAUUAGGCCUUUGUUGUUAUUAGCUGAGAAUUUACUUACGGGAUUGAGGAAAACUGCUUUGCUUAGCUUCAAAAUUAGGCUUUCAGAACUGAAUGUUUUCAUGAGCCUGGUAUUUGAUUACUUAAAAUAUUUUUGAGGUUGUUAGUAGCUGAUUUGGGAAUAUUAUAGGAAUCUGUGCCAGUAGUUUUAUAGUAAUGCCAUACUUAGAUUUUUAGCAAAAGUUAAAAGUUAUCAAGAUACACUGUGCUAUGUUUGUGUAUUGCUUUGGAAAUCUUCAGGUUUUCUGUCGUCAUAAGCUAAGGAAGAGUAUGCUUAGUUCAAGUUUGCUUUUGAAGAUGUGGAGAUCUUUCAAUGUUUCUGUUAGAUCUAAAAUUCCUUGCUCAUUAACGAGAACUGCAUUCAGCAUUUGGACAAUAAUUCCAACAUUAGGGAACCAAUGAAAAAUUAAAGCUGAAAAUAUGAAACUUUGAAAAAUUAAAACUUUUAGCCAAAUUUUGACACUGAAAUGCAUUGGCUCUGAAAUGGCAAUAGGGAAAUAUUAACAUUUUCCAUGUGAAAUAUUUAAAGGAAAACUUGCCAAAACCAGCAUAAAUAGAUACAUGUUAGCAGAUUCUUAUAAAAAGUGCCUAAUUUUGUUGGCCCAGAACCAAAUUUAAGAGCCAGAUUUAUGAAUAUUUUAUCUUUAAAUUUAAGUUAAUAUACAAAAUAUUGGCUUUUAUUAUGAGAAUUUCAUACUUUUGUAUCAUUGUACUUUGCUCAUAUUUGCUCCUCUGUUGUACUUUUCUCCCAGCCAGUCUCCUUCAGAUCACAUGAUGUCAGAUACAAAACAUUACUAAGCCUAAAUUCUAAAGGAGAAACAUCACCCUUUAUUGCAACCCCAACUUCCUUCCCUUUAGAGCCACCUUUUCCUGUGUAGUCACCUUUUAUCAAUGCUAUUUCAAGAAAAAAAAAACCUAGAAUAUUCAGAAAUACUUUAGGUAGUUUGUUUAUGACAAGUUAAAAAUCUAUAUGUAGUAGCUUUGAAAGGAUAAAUGUGUUUUACUUUGUCCAGUUUUUACUGAAUAGGUUCAAGAAGACUUUGUAGAAUUUAAAUAAGUCUGAUUGUUUUGAGUAGAAGCUUAAAGAGAAACUUUGUGUAAACUGUAAAUGCAGAUGUGCAUUGCAUUUAUUUUUCAAUUUUCUUACAUUUUUGUUUCUGUUCUUAUUUUUCCCUUGCUUUGCUUAACUGGAAGGAAAUGAUUAAUGCCUUGUUAAAAGUGACUUAAAGUUUUAUUGUAUUUUAUACAGUAUUCAGUAAAGACAAAUUUAAGUUUCACAGUGACAUGCUUAUAGUAUCUGAAUAAAGUUAUUUUAAAAUUAAAGAGAUUGAAUGAAAAUUUAAUUUAAAAGAAUAAAUGUUGAAAGAAGUAGACAAAUAUAGUAAAUAUUGAAGACAAGAUGAUCAAAAAAUCUAAUGAUAUCAGAGCCUGCAAAUAGUAUUCCUAUAGAAGAGUAACAAUUAUCUAAAUUAGAAUCAGAAUGGCCUCCAUUCCUGUGGAUGUUGAAUAUGCUUGGCCAUGGGAAGUGGUACUAUUAGGCAAUGUGGUCUUGUUGGAGGAAGUUGGUUACUGUCAGGGUGCGCUUUAAGGUCCUAUGCUAAGUUCCACCUAGGGCAGAAGAGAUGAUUCUCCCGUUGCCUGCAGAAGAGAGUCUUCUGGCUGCCUUUUGAUCAAGAUACAGAACUUUUGUCUCUUCCAAUGCCAUGUCUGUCUGGAUGCUGUCAUGCUUCCUGCUUUGAUGAUAAUGGACUGAACCUCUGAAACUAAGCCAGCCUCAAUUAAAUGGCCUUUAUAAGAGUUGCCUUGAUCACAGUAAUGAAACCUUAAGACAAUUCCUAAAAACCACAAUUUUGAAACUAAAUUUCAAUGUAAGAAGAUAGUUCACAUCACUGUUUUUAUAGGAACUUCUGAAUCCUGAGGGCUAAGGUUGUUAAAGGGAUAUGCAUUAUAAGCUGGGAACCAAGCCUUCAGUACACAAAUCUAUAAACAACACUUCUACUUAAACCACAAUGCAUAGCAAACAAAAGCGUGGCAAAAAAAUGAUCAGAGAAUGGGAAAGUUGGCGAGAUGGUCUAAAAUUAAGCUAAUAAAUGCAAAUGUAGCAUAUCCAUGCUUUUCCUUAUUGGAAAACAUUAAGCACUUGAUAUAUAAUUUCAUAUAAAAGGAAAUAAAAACUUGCAGUUAUAUCCGAUUCUGAGUUUUUAAAGCUACAAAUGAAAAACAGUUAUAAGAAAUUCUACAUAAAUACUACACAGAUCCAAUUAUAAGAUGUUAUGCUAUGUUAGGAAAAUUGAGUCUAUUGUGUUCUCUCCUGAGUCCGUUGUCAAGAUAAAGCAAAUGUACUUAAGCAAUUUGUUAAAAUUGGUCCUUCGUCCUAGGGUUUCUAUUGUAUGAACAAAACCCAAUGACAACCCC